UCAUCAUAAAACAAGCUGCUGUUUAUUUGCAGGAGCUACUUUAAGUAUGAAUCUUUGUGACAAGGGAGAAGGACAUGGACUGUCUGGUUUAUCUUCAAUCCAUCAGCUGAAGGUACCCCUGUCAGAACAAAGCACUGGAGAAAAAUCUGUCAGGGUCAAACACCGCCGAACAAGACGGGAACGCAACUACAUCAAAUUUGGCACAAAGGUUACUGGCAGAAUUCCACAACAAAGACCCAACCGCAGGGGCCUACAGAAGAUGCUGCCCCCUUUCUGGAGCUCCCAGCUUAGCAACUGUGCUAAAUCAACUCCCAUCAAAGGGACCCAUCUUGCAAAACCUGUGAUCAUAACCCAGAACAGACUCACGCAGCAUCUGGGCAUCUUUAACAGAGAGGUGAAAUCUGCUGAUAUUGAGAGACUAUUGAGUCCCAGGGCUGAGCAUGAUGUAAUGGAGGUAACUCCUAUACAGAGAGCCAGUGGAGGGCUAUUGGGAGAAGAGAUAGAGUCCUGUAGCUCUCUUGAUACAAACCAGAAAUCUAUUCCUAGAGAGCAAGUUGAAUGCACUUUAAAGAAUUCAAGCACAUUGCAUGAGGAUUCUCACUUUACUGUAAUGCCAGCUGCCCCUGUAUCAGUCAGGGAACUUCAUCCUCUAGCUGCUCUGCAGGAAGUAGAUGCAGGCUACAGACCUUCAUCAGCACCUGCUGCUGUGAAGUUUGAUCAACAGGCUAUAGAGGCUGAAGCUUUCCAAAGCAAUAAUAGCAAUAAUGCAAUGACACUGAAUGACAAGGAAAAUGUCCCCCCGGUCCCUGCAGAAGGAGUUGAGUUGAGUAAAAGUACAUAUCUAAUAAAGGAACUUGCUCAGCACUUAGAAAAACUCUUGGACCUCAAGGCAAUAUUCCCUGGGCGUAAUUUAAUCACUGAAAUGCGCCAGACUGUUAUCAAUGCCCUGUUGCAGCAAAAUAAAACCAUACCAGAUUUUUCUGUUUUGACGUCGCUCAGGAAAGAAGCAGGUAGUUGUAACAUAGAUGACUUCCAUGCAGAUUCCAAGAACCCAGAUAACAGAGGCCAGAAAAAGUUGCAUUUGGAACUGAAAUCUAGCAACUGCAGCAGCAGAAACUCUGAGCAGAGUGUUUCUCUGAAAAGGCAAAGAGAACAAGAACAAUUUUUCCUUACCUGCUUCUCUCACGGUCCUAUUCAUGCAGCUGUAAGAGUGGUGAGCGCAAUAAACGCAGAUGAGAGACUGGCCCAAAGAGAAGAUUUGGAAUUGUUUGCUGAGCCAGAAGUGCGUGACCAGCAGAGUUUCUUUUUAACGGCAGCUCAGCCUCAUUCUCUUCUGUCAUCAUCUUCCCAGUGUCUAAAUUCAGCCAGAAGUUCCUUCGCACCAGAGGAACAAUGUGCUUUGCAAGCAGUCAGAACUGCUCGGCACUGGGAGCAAGGCCUGGGGGAACCCAGAGGCAAGCAAGAAAGGUCUGAAGCCACCAAGAGAGUGCUGCUGAAAAAGGUGGAUAUUUCCAAAAGGUAUCAUCAACCUCUUGCUGCCCAAGAUUCCUUUGGAUCAGCCGGUCUUAGCAAAGGCCCUGGUUGUUUCCUUUUGGCUGAUCCACAGAAAUAUUCUUAUGUCUAUAAACUAAGCCCAGAUCAGUGGAAUUUACGGGAAGCAGAGUCUGUUCCAGUGUACAAUUUGCAUCCUUCACAGGAGCUGUGUAGUUCUCAGUCUCUAGAUUUAGGACUCAGAACUAUAGAAAGAGUUGCCUCUGAGUCCCAGACUUCUUUCGAUGUUUUAAAAAGUAUCUGGAGUCCUAAACUGCCCAGCAAGGAAGCCAAACUCCCAGUCUCCCGAGCCCUGGGCUAUUCUUCUUUGGCUCACCGAUCACUGUCUUCCAGAGAGUUGAACUCAGAACAAGGACAGCCCAAGGAAUUUUUCCAGCUGUGUAAUAUCAUCUCUCAGCAGCCUCAUUCCUAUAGGCAGUAUUUUCAGCAAGAGGUGUCUGCACCCAGCAGACACCCCCAGCUAAAGAAUGGGUUCUCUGUGCUAGGAAAACCUAGGCUCUAUUGCCAGAAAGUCUCUGCAGAGCAGGGGAGAACCUCACACAAUUACCAGUUCUGGGGGCUGGCUGAGGCCUCUGAAAAAAUGCAAGGUACUAGAGAAAAAGGUUCUUCCAGACCUGGGAACCAGGUUUGUGCUCUGGAGAGACUACUUCACCUGGAAGAAGCACAACAGCUGCAAGUUUUACAGCAACUGCCAAUGUCUUAUUUCCCCCCUUCUGAAGCUUUAGAGAAUGGGAAUUCUCCUCUCUGCACCUUACAGGGCCAUCUGUUGGGGCAAUCCAGCCCUGAACCCUGGGCCUUUCCUAGAAUGAAGUUGUACUGA